AACGUCGGCAAUUCGUACCACUUUGCUAAUAGAGUGAACGUGAAAUCGGCAGCCAUCAGCUAACCAUCUUUAGGAAAUUAAGGCGAGAGAAUUGUCGUUGGUGCAAAGUUAUUUUUUUAUCCAAGUGGAGAAAUUAGAGGAAAAUUAAAAUAAGAUGUCGAUGAUUUCUGCACGUUUGGCCUCGUCUGUGGCACGUAGUUUGCCAAAAGCUGCUACACAGGUUGCCUGCAAAGCAGCUUACCCAGCUGCUUCCUUGGCUGCACGUAAACUUCAUGUCUCGGCCACUCAGCGUAGCGCCGAGAUCUCUUCCAUUUUGGAGGAACGCAUCUUGGGUGUUGCCCCCAAGGCCGAUUUGGAAGAGACCGGUCGUGUGUUGAGCAUUGGUGAUGGUAUUGCUCGCGUCUAUGGCUUGAACAACAUCCAAGCCGAUGAGAUGGUGGAAUUUUCUUCCGGUCUGAAGGGUAUGGCUCUGAAUUUGGAACCCGACAACGUUGGUGUUGUCGUCUUCGGUAACGACAAACUGAUUAAACAAGGUGAUAUUGUCAAACGUACCGGCGCUAUUGUCGAUGUGCCAGUCGGUGAUCAACUUUUGGGCCGCGUUGUUGACGCUUUGGGUAACACCAUUGACGGUAAGGGACCCGUUAACACCAAGGACCGUUUCCGUGUUGGUAUUAAGGCCCCUGGCAUCAUUCCCCGUGUAUCUGUACGCGAACCUAUGCAGACUGGUAUUAAAGCCGUCGAUUCUUUGGUACCAAUUGGUCGUGGUCAACGUGAGUUGAUCAUUGGUGACAGACAGACUGGCAAAACUGCUUUGGCCAUCGAUACCAUCAUCAACCAGCAACGCUUCAAUGACGGUCAAGAUGAGAGCAAGAAAUUGUAUUGUAUCUACGUUGCCAUUGGUCAGAAGCGUUCGACAGUCGCCCAGAUCGUGAAACGUUUAACCGAUGCUGGUGCCAUGAAGUACUCCAUCAUUGUGUCAGCUACUGCUUCCGAUGCCGCCCCUCUGCAGUACUUGGCUCCUUACUCUGGCUGCGCCAUGGGUGAAUACUUCCGUGACAAGGGCAAACACGCUCUAAUCAUCUACGACGAUUUGUCAAAACAGGCUGUUGCCUACCGUCAAAUGUCACUGUUGCUGCGUCGUCCCCCAGGUCGUGAGGCCUACCCUGGUGAUGUGUUCUACUUGCACUCCCGUCUAUUGGAGCGUGCUGCCAAAAUGUCGCCCGCUAUGGGUGGUGGCUCCUUGACUGCUUUGCCCGUCAUUGAGACACAGGCUGGUGAUGUGUCUGCUUACAUUCCAACCAAUGUCAUCUCUAUCACUGACGGUCAGAUUUUCUUGGAAACUGAGUUGUUCUACAAGGGUAUCCGCCCAGCCAUUAACGUAGGUUUGUCUGUAUCGCGUGUCGGUUCAGCUGCCCAGACAAAGGCCAUGAAACAGGUCGCUGGUUCCAUGAAGCUGGAAUUGGCUCAGUACCGUGAAGUAGCUGCUUUCGCUCAAUUCGGCUCUGACUUGGAUGCCGCAACUCAACAACUGUUGAACCGUGGUGUACGUCUAACUGAAUUGUUAAAACAAGGUCAAUAUGUGCCCAUGUCCAUUGAAGAUCAAGUUGCUGUCAUCUACUGCGGUGUGCGCGGUUACUUGGACAAGAUGGAUCCCGCCAAGAUCACCAAGUUCGAAAAGGAAUUCUUACAACACAUUAAGACCAACGAACAAGGACUGCUCGCCCAAAUCGCGAAGGAUGGUCAAAUCUCUGAGGCCUCUGAUGCCAAACUGAAGGAUGUUGUCACGAAAUUCUUGUCAACCUUCCAGGCUUAAGUGAUGAUUAUGCUGGACAAAGCCUAACUGAAUUAGUACAGUAGCGACAACACAAACAGCUACAUUACUUAAUGGUUACGCGAACAAUACCAACUAAAAAUGCAAAUGCAGGUUGCAUCUAAAAACACUUACCAUAAACUAUACACUACAAACAUUAAGAUACAAAACAAGAUAAUUCGAAGAAAAAACGAAAUUAAAUAAUUACAAAAAAUAGAAAAAUA